AUGUUUAGAAGUGGUGUUCAAGGAUUGAUUGGCAAGAGGUUCAGCUCCACAUUUAGGUAUAAACGGUGGGAAGAGUUGACUACACCUGAAAAACAGAAGUUUGUGAAGUCAUUUGUGGAGAAUUACAAAGAACAGUACCCUGGAUCAAAGACGAACGUGUCAUUAAAGGGGCUAGCGCUGGACAUGGAUGAAUAUAACGAUGCUCCAUCUGUUUUUGGGAUAUUUUAUGAUGAUAUUUGGAGAGUUAGCAAGGCGAAGAAGGAAUCAUUGUACAAUGGGAAACAACAGAUGGAUAGAAGCCAAGUGAUCAAAGAGCACGGCAGGUUUGCACAUGAGACGUUCCACGAUUUGCUAAUUGAGAAUUGGUAG